AAUGGGUGACGUGCAACACGAUUUUUUCACACGUGACCUUAGUUUUAUCGACUGCGGAAUGAGGUCCUUGCAUGACUUUGAAGUGGACAAAGAUAUUGUUUCUUUGACAUUUCAUGGAAAUAAAAUAAAGCAAAUCAGCAACUUAGAUCGCUAUUCUUGUCUCAGACACCUUGAUCUAUCAUCCAAUCAGAUAUCAGUCAUAGAUGGAAUGAAUAAUCUGAAAAGUCUGCGAACUCUAAAUCUGUCCAAUAACAAAUUAGAAUCUAUCCCAGUUAUGCGAAAUCCUCUUUUAAUGAGGUUAGAUUUGUCGUUCAACUCCAUAAAAGACAUUUCCGGUCUAAAAUCUCUGGUAAAUUUACAAAUACUGUUCCUUCAUGGAAACUUGUUGUCGGAUACAGAUCAGGUUGUUAGAUGUUUGCAAGGAACGAAGAAACUUAGGCAUUUGGUUUUGUCUGAAGGAAAAUCAAAAAACCCUAUUUGCAAUCACAGAUCCUACCCAUCAAUAAUUUGGGAAAAUAUUACGCAAAUCACCUCUCUAGAUUAUGUCGAUAAAUUUGGGCUAAAUAUAGAAAUCGAAGAUGUCGCACCCCCGGGCGUCGAGGAUUUCUUAGAGUUUCUUACUUCUGAGAACUAUCCCACUUCUGAUGAUUCGACAGCGCACAAGUUUUCUGAAAGAGCCGGACCGCAGAUCCUUCAAAAUAUGACUAACUACUCAAAUUUGCAGCAGCAAUUGGUGAAUGAAAAUAUUCACGCACAGGAACAAGAACACAAAUCGACGCCUGAGCAAGGAAGAAUUGACAACUUAGAAAGACAGAUAACUCUUCUGCUAGAGCAACAGGCAAGUAUGCAAAAACAGUAUUCAAGCGAGCUGAGACAGGCUUCCAAACAGCAAAUAGCGGAAAUUUCUAGCUCAACUGAGCAAAUAACUAGCGAAUCGAGCGGCAAACAACCCUUCACGCUUAGUGCGCCCAAAAAAUUGCAAGAAUCAGUUGGUAAGAAGAAGACGAAUCCUGUUAGUGGCGGAAGCAAGAGAACAGACCAGCCGACCAUUACUUCUCUAGUCAAAGAAGUCGAGUCUGAGAAAAACAAAAGAUGGAAGGCAGAAGAAACGGUAACGGAGCUGAAAACGAACGUAGUUAAUCUCAAAAGCCAAUUGAACGAACUUAAAUUGCGCGAGACUGCUUUGAACCAAACUAUCAAUGACCUUAAACGUGCAGUGAAAGAUGAGCAAUCUAAAAAUGAAGUGUUGCGAAAGUCUAUUGAAGAUGGAAAAUCUUCAGAUGGUGCCAACAAAAAUCUUUUGAACGAGUUUGAAAACGGAAAGAAAGCGUUGGAAAAGGAAAUAUCGGAUAAAAAUGCACGCAUUGUUGAGUUAGAAAAUAAUUUACUGAUAGCUAAUGCGAAAGACUCCAAGCGCGAUCAAGAAGCUUCGAAGCAACUUCGAACACUUGCUAGAGAGUUUGAAAAGCUUCAGGAUUUCAGUAAAACUCAGAUCAGCAAGGUGAAAGCCUUGGAAGCUGAACUAGAAGACAAACAACUAUUACUGAAGUCGAGGUAUUCUUUGGAUAGUGUUGAGGUUAAAGAGUUAGUUGCUGCUAAAGUUAAGGAUUUUGAGCGGUUAAAAGAAAAAGAGGUCGAAUGUCUGAACAAAAAGCUAAAAGAAUCGUACGACCAAUACCAAGAAUUAGAGGAUGAAUUUCGCAUGGCUCUGUAUUCUGAAGAAGCCAGGUACAACGAAAUUGCCGAGAAGUUAACAGAAACUGAAAAUAAAUUUAAAGAGUCUCAAAAUGUGAAUCAGAAUGCGAAAGAUAAGAACGAAAAGUCAACGAAAAUGGUACAAGAGUUAACGAAUGUUGUGAAAGAGCAAAAAGGACGGCUAAUCGAACUUCAGAAAAUGAAACAAGAUUUUCAAAAUGAAUUGAAAAGUAAAACUAAGACUUACGACGAACAAAUUGAAAGUUUUCGCGAAAAGAUCAAAGAACUGGAGCUUCUUCGAAAUGACAAAACGAAACUAGCCGCGCAUAUUCAAGCUCAAGACUCGAUCAUUGAGGGGCUGAGAAAAGAAAGGAAAUUGUGGGAGGAGGAAUUAGCCAAACAAGGAACUUCAUUGGCCGCAGAUAGAGGUCGAUUAGAGGUCAGAAUUGAAAGUCUGGCGAAGGAAUUAGCAGCGGAAAGAAAAUCAAUGGAAAGCGAAAGGGAUAGUCUAAAAAUAAAAACGAAAGUUAUAGAAGAUCAAACUGAUACAAUAAAGAAGUUGAAAGAAGCUGUUAUAGAAAGAGACAACACUAUUGUAAAGACACGUGACGAAGUUUUGAAGGAACGAAGGGAGCUAGAAGCUCAGUUGGCAGAAGAAACAAAGCUAAGACAAGACCUGCAAGACGAAAUUUCACUGAGCACAGAACGAAAACAUGCACUAAAAGAAGACAUUGAAAGUUUAAGAGCCGAGUUGGAAGAAAAGAGUUUUGCAUAUGAAGAGUUAAUGAAAAAAUGGAAGCAGAAAAGUGCUCUGAUUGGUCAGUUAGAAGUUCAAGUUAAAGAGAAAAAAUCUGGCUGGGAUAAGCGAGAGUCGGAGUUGAUGAACGAACGAGACAAAGCGUUGUCGGCAGCGACUUCAGCAGUCGAGAAACUGAAGGAAACCGAGUUCAGAUUAGAAACCGAGUUACGAGAAACGAGAGGUAAGUUUGAAAGUGAGAGGAUGGAAUUAGUGUCGAGUUGUGAUCAGAGACUCGAAGAGGUCGAAGGGGAGAUGAGAGAAAUGUUAAGAGAACACGAAAAGUACAAAAAGUCCAUGGAUGCUAAAUUCAACCGACUCCAUUCGGCAAUUUCAGAUUUCCAGAAUACAUCCUCAAGUUAAUUUAUUUUAUCGGAGUGCGUUGAAAGGAUGUUUGAAUAGCAAAACUUCAGUUUAAAACGCGUGCAAAAACUAUUUUGUUGAUAAGUUUCUGUCAUGUUAGAAUCGUUACUUAAAAAUCAGAUUUAAUAGAUUCAUUUGUAUAUAUUGUAAAAGUGUGCAUAGUUUUACCAGUUGAGUUUAUUUUUGUGCAAA